AUGUCGAGUAUAGCGACAACGAGAAGCGCCAUUGUCAUCGGUGUGGUCUGUCCUAUUAUAGGCGGCAUACUGGUGACUGCGCGGUUCUGGGUGCGGUGGCGUCGCAAGAUCAAGUGGAGUAUUGACGAUUGGUUAUGUUUGGCUGCUUGGGUUUGUACGACUGGGUGUUGUGCUUCUCUGUUGACUGGUGUAUACAUAAACGCAUUCACCAACGAGCCUGAUGGUGUCACCAAAUGGGUAAUGGAGAAAGAAAACAUUCUCGCACGGUGUGCAGGUGCACUCGUCUUAUUUUGGACAACGGCAAACUUCCUCAUCAAAAUGACAAUGUUGUUCUUCUACCGCCAGAUCUUCAUUUGUAACGUGUCCAGGCGUUCCAACAGCUUUUUGAUGGGCUUAUGUAUAGCGUGGUUCGUGUUUUCGAUAACUACUUGGCUGUUCGGCUGUGGUCGCCAUAUCAGAGAGAAUUUCCAGGGAGGUUGGAGGGUUUGGAGACUGAAGAUGGAUUUGCAUAAGAGGUUGGGAGUCAUUGUCGUAUUUCUGCUUGGCGGAUUUACUUUUGUUGCCGGUCUGAUCAACAGCAUGAUUCAAGCCAUCUAUCUCAUCAAUCCUUUGAUGUUAGUGCUUCUUGGAGAAGAUCAUCGCACCUAUGACGGUCCAACCAUGCUGUUUUGGAACUGGCUAGCGCUCGAGGUCGGUAUAGGUUCAAUCGCAUGUAAUCUUCCAUCGCUCUCAUUUCGAGUGGCAUACAUUUUGCCUCGAGCAAUAAAUCAGGGAUGGGUCGCAGCUCGGACGAGGAUUCACAAUGCCCUAACAACUCAGGGUCGGGAGGAACGGCAGAAUUUCGCAACCAUGAGAAACGCACAAAUCAAAGAGGAUCAUUCGAUAGAGUUGACUGAACCACCGAAGAUACACCUUUCAGCCUAUCGAAGUGCGCGAUACAAACAAGUUACUGAGAGAAAACGCAAAGUUGCAAGGAUGAAAAGGAAACGUUACCAAGAGAUUGAGGAUGUCCCCGGAUUUCAGCAACUCGGUUAG